AUGAAAAUCUUUGUAGUACUCAGCUGCUUGGUGGCCGCAGCCCUGGCGCUCCCGGCACACGACCCCUCACUCCGCGAGCUGCCGGCCGUGCGUCACGAGGAAGUCCAUGAUGAGUAUGGACAGUACGCACUCAGAUAUAUCACCGCUGAGAACACGGUGGUAUCCGAGCGCGGCCGUCUGAUCCCAAGCGGCGAUGGCGGGCAUGUCCUGGAGAUCGAGGGUCAAUACCAGUUCAUUGGUGAUGACGGUCAGAUCUACGUGACCAAGUACAGGGGCGGCCCUGAUGGCUUCCACGUUGACGGCGACCAUCUGCCCAAGCCCGUGCCGGUGCCAGCUGUAGCUAUCUAA